UUCCCCCUACCUUCGGAGCAAGUUAUCGCAUCCCCUAACCCCGGUCUCCGGUCCGGUGUCCCGUGACCCACAGCUACCUGCAGUCUGCAGCUACCAGACCUAUAAUUUCCAGGCAGAGGCUUACACCCUGGCCAGAACCGGAACCAAGCUGAAGCCGAGGUCGUGGGCAAAGCCAUAGCUCAGCCGGGAUCGGAGUGCGCGCAUGCGUCUUUUUAUUAUUUUCUUGCGACUUUCUCGUUCUCCUAUCGAAUGUCGACAACGUUAAUUCGCACGUCGCGACGACGAUGACGACAAGGACGACGACAACGAAGACAACGACGACGUCGACGAUGACGACAACGGCAACGACGAUGACGACGAUGACGACAACGACGAUGACGACAACGACAACGACGAUGACAACAAUAACGAUGAAGAAAACGAUGAGAACAAGAAGAAGAAAGAGAUUGAAAACGAACACGGUAUCAACGUUAUCGGCUAUCGCGCGAAUAUCACCUUACAUCGUUAUUGCUACUGGCAAAAAUAGAAGACGAAAACAAAGAUGGGAGCGAAGACGAAGACGAGAACAGGGCUAGAAUUAGGGACAAGGACAAGAUCAACAGCAGCAACAGUUAGAAGAAGAAACGACGACUACUACGUGGACGGCGGUCACGACGAAAAGAAAACAAAGAAACAGAAUCAAAACAAAAACAAAAUGAAUAAGACGAAGAGAGGAAGAAAUAGAGAAAUUUGGAUAAAAGAGAAUAAUCUUAGUGGGACGGUUGUCGAGAUGUGCAAUAUCGGAAGCGAUACGCAGGAAAGAUAGUUUAGAGAAAAGCGAAGGAUUCGAUUAUCGGUAGCAGUGUCGAAAAUUAUAUCUGUGUCGGUGGUGAUGCAGUCACGCGUCAAUCGUGGCCGACUGUUCCUUUGGAUUGCUCGCGCGAGGUUCGCGCGGCGCGCGCGUGCUCCGAGCCACCGCGCAUCGCGCAUUACCCUUCUUUCAGUUUCUUCAUGCUUAUAGUGCUUCUAUACGCGGUACACGAUUCCCGUUGUCGUCGGCAACAGUCCAGCAGGUGUAUCCGUGGGAGAAGCAAGUGACUGGAAGAGGAUAAUCGAAAGUUGAGAAAUUUGGCCGGAGCGAAGCGAUUAAACAAAGUGAUUCGAUGAACAUUGAGGAUUAACACGAAAGUCGUUAUGUUUGCCAAGUCGAAAAGCAGUGGCUCGACACCGAGCGUUAUACUCCCGAAUCCCCUUCAAAAUUUAUACGAAGUCGGCAAACAAUCGGCUACCGCGGGCCCCGAAAACGCUUGGCGCAUAUACGACGGAUACACGAAAACCGAUCGAAAGGAAGUGUCGAUAUUUUUCUUUGACAAAAGAUCGGUCGAUAAGCUGCACAAACCGAAACGAAAGGAGACCGUGACGGAAAUUUUACGGAAUGGAGCACGACAAAUGGAACGAUUCUCUCAUCCAAAGAUACUGCAAGCGUUCAAGGUGGAGGAAUGCGCGGAUAGUUUGGCAUUCGCGUCGGAACCAGUGUUGGCUAGUCUUGCCAACGUUUUAGCCUAUCAGGAGCAACAAGCGAAUAACGUUGGUCAGUCGACGAGUAACGUAACGAAACAAACUUCCUCGGUCGCUGGUCAUCGUGCAACGUACGCGAAAGAAUACGAGUUGCUCGACAUCGAAAUCAAGUAUGGGUUGUUGCAGAUCACGGAGGCUCUGCUUUUUCUUCACGGAACCUGCAAAGUUCUUCAUAGGAACGUUUGUCCUGCCAGUAUUAUAAUAACCAAAAGGGGUACUUGGAAAUUGUCAGGGCUCGAAUUUAUCGAAAAAAUUAACGAAGUACCGAUGAUACCAUUGCAACCUUGGACUAACCGCAUGCCGAAAAUGACGCAGCCGAAUCUCGAUUACAUAGCUCCGGAAGUGCAACAAAAGAAAGUGGGAGGCUUCUACAGCGAUAUGUAUAGCUUUGGUAUGACGAUAUGUGCAAUUUUCAACCAAGGACGCCCGUUGAUUCAAGGGAAUCAUAGUUGUUCCGAGUACCUGAAACAGCUGGAAAACCUGAAAGAACAAGUUGAGGUUAUACUACCUCUAGUUCCUCUUCCGCUACGAGAAGCCGUUUCCCGACUGUUACACAUAGAUCCAGAAAAGAGGCCGACCAUUCAAGUUUUAUCCAUGAUCAAAUAUUUUCAAGAUCCACCGGUAUACGCGCUUCAAUUUCUCGACGUUAGCAAAAUGAAAGACGUAUUACAGAAAGAGCAUUUUUAUACGACUACUUUGAAAGGAAUAUUGCCUUAUAUACCAAGGAAACUUUGGUAUCAACAUAUCUGGACGUAUUUGCAAACUGAGUUGGAAAGUCAAGAAGUGCAAUCGGCUGUACUACAACCGGUACUUUACAUCGUACAAAAUAGUACACAAGAAGAGUACGAUCAAAUUGUAUUUCCAUCGUUACGGUCGCUUUUUUCGAAUCGGAAAUCGAUUCAGGGUACGGUAACGCUGUUGGAAAAUUUGCAUUUGAUAUUAAUGAAAACGUCUCGAGAAUAUAUAGAAGGUGAAGUACUUCCAAUGUUAUACACAUCUUUCGAGAACUCAACUACUCAAGUACAGACCGCAGCAUUCGUAGCUGUAUCGAACGUGACCGACUAUAUAGACGACGAGUCCGUUCGAAAUAUCGUACUGCCGAAACUCCUUCAGGCGUUUGAAAAAAAUUUAAUAGAUUCCCGAGUACUAAUGAAUGUGAUCCCUUGCAUUUUAAAUCGGUUAGAGAAGCAGAAAAUCAUCGAUUGCAUCUUACCGUUGUUGUUCAGUGUAAAGCUUCAAGAACCGGAGAUAAUCGUUCGGGUUGUACAGAUUUACAGAUUGAUGUUAACCGACAAAAAGUACGGACUUUCUGUCAGCUGGAUGGCGACUCGAGCGAUGCCUUCUUUGCUACCUCAUACUAUCAACCCGGCACUGACUCUCGAACAAUUUGAAUUACUUCUCAAGGUGUUACAAGAUAUGCUGAAUCACAUCGAAAGAAAUCAAAGGAAUCAGUUAACCCUGGACAAUCUGUCAUUGUCGAGCCCGGAACGAUAUCGAAGUUUACGGCAUCAACAUAGUACGGAUAAUAUGUACGUCGCGCCUUUCAACAUACCAAACUUACGGAUCGAGCAACGUAAAACUUCUUCGGCCGAAGACAUGGCUCGGAAAAAUAGCACAAAUUCGAUGUCGUCGACGGUUUCAGCGGAAAACAUGGCGAGAAAGAACUCGAUGAUAACCAUGUUCAGAUGGUUCUCGUCCUCGAACAACGACAACAGUAAUUUCUUGAAAGUGGCGAAUACCUUUACGAGCAGGCGGUUAUCGGACAACACUCUGAUGACACCGAAAAUUCGAGUAGCACCGUCUUGCGAAAGUUCUCCAGGUGUUACACCCGGCGAUGGAUUACCAAUCCGGCGCCAUUCGAGUACCGGCCCUCAAGAUCGACGAGGAUCUAAUAUAAAUUUAUCGCCUCCCUUGGGUGGAGGAAUGCCGAUUACCAGUAGCAGUGUACCAUACUUGGUUAGUUCAAGCAUGAACAGUAUACGAGGUUCGAGGCGUCCGUCCGUUUCUUCGACGUCUUCUCAGCAAGGGACCGGACUUCUACAGCAGGUUGGCUCCAGCAUGGUAAGACAACAACCCCCCAUCUGCCUCAACCUCAAUGGACUACCACCACCACCACCACCACAACCACAACCACCAACACUUUCUCCAUUACUCCAGCUACCGGGACAGCCUUUCCACUGACCCUUCGUUACAGCUGCAGCUACCAAUUCUUCAACAAACAAUUCGACGCUUGAACCGUGACCUUCGUAGGAUACCGCGUACCCACUGUCAUAACGAACAAUUGGUUACUAGUUACUAAUUACUAGUUACUGGUGGUUACCGUCCGCGCGACACGACGCGACGCAGUCAAGGUAAAUAGCAGCAAAUAAGAAUAAUUUGAUAGGGAUCUCGUUGGAGUUGAAGAAACGGCUUUUGGUUGAUCGAUCUUGCUACAUUAUCCUAUGUAUGUACCUAGUCGUAUCGGACGUACGUCGAAUAACUUUUACUCUUGAGAUGGAUAUACUUGGACCUAAAAUGUAUCGGUCAUCCGUAGAAACGUAGUAGCACGAGUAAGGACUUUGAUUUCUUGCAGAAAAUAUCGAUUUAUUCGAGACCUUCUAAAGUGGCCUAAUCCCAUAACAAGUAAAACAUAGUUGUCAAUUUGUCUGUGUAAUCGUUUAAGACAUUCUAAAGAAACACGAACGAAUGUGUUUAGUACGUGGCCUGUGGUUGCACGUAGAGUCGAUGCAGUUGAAAGUAACGCGACCAAGUGGCGAGAGUAAAUGCGUUUUAAAAGGCGCUCCAAAAGAGAAAAGCAUUUUUCCAUGCAUGUUCCUGCAAGUACAAUCAAAUUUAAUUACGUAACGCGAUGCGUGAGUCAUCUCGACUAUUCCAAGUCAAUUAUAGAUAAUGCUAUCAAUUUCUUCAUAUUGUGCAUCCGCUUUUUCUCUAAAUUCCACCUCUUUUCUUGCAAACGUAACGCCGAAAGCGGAAAUCUGGUUGCUUUCACUACCUGAAAAAUAAUAACAGGUUAUCUCGUUGUACAUCGUUUCGAGGAAAAUAACUUUAUUUAUUCUCUUAUUAAUAGUAAGCAAACUUAUCGUUAUUUGCGUUCGCUUCUGACGGAGGAAAAACGUACGCAAAGAACGUAACAAACGUCGAUGAAAAAUACGAACACGUUGUAUAGGAUAUAAAUUGUGUGUUGGAAUCCGAUACAAGCGAUUGAGAGUUGAAAAAUGUAAUUUGUGUAAAAGUGUCGUGGAAAAAUAUCAGAUGUUGCAACUAGGUGUAUUUCGAUGCACAUGUAUACAUAUCAAACUUGCACAGUUGUACGCGUGAUAGCUUAAAUAUCUCCACUUUGGCGACAUUUCCUCUCCUCAAUCGCGUUGGAAGUUUGUUUGUUGAAUUCUCGAUAAAAAGUAUAUUGUUAUAGUAUAUUUUGGAACGUAUGCAGGUGUGUGCGUGUGUUGUGUACGAGACGAUAUGCGUAGAAUCGUGAAAAUGUAAGAGAAUGGAAAGACGGAGACGACAAAUAUGUUAACGUUAACGUAAGAGUUAAACGUAAGAGUACUGUGGCGUGUGAAAAGAGAGUUUUGCGUUUCGUCCCGGGACUACCGGAGGACUCGUCAGUAAGGCUAUGCCCGGUAGUCCCUGCCUUAGACGUAGAGGGAGUCUCGCUAGGUGCGGUAUUUGUAUCAAUCGCUCGUAUAUUCGACCGCUAGCGAGUUAGACAGACUCGUUGUCGUCGUAGCCCUCUAGUGUUGGCGGUUGGUACCAGCGGAUCGCCGGGGAGGUGUUGCGCCGCGUUGAUGGCUCGACCUGUCGGCGUCCUGUUGACUACCGAUCCGCCACAGUACUUAGGAACGUAAUAGCAGGCAAAUCGCAGGAGACUGACUGCUUUUCUGGAUAAUGGCGGCACUAGAAAACAAAGUGUCCUUAAGAUUCGCGCUAAGAACUAGUUUUCGUUUGCUAGAUCACGAUCUGCGUGAUCAGAAACGAAUAGUAUCGUUGAGAUAGAACUGCGUGGACAAUCUUGGGCAAUUUUCGGCAAUCUUGGACAAUCUUGGACAAUCGUUGACAAUCAUCAUCGAGGUGGAGAACUCGCGAAAAAGUUGAUGCCACUUUUAAACCGAAUUCCAUUGAAUUUCAUUGGCCGGAAUGAUGUUUGCGUCCCUGCGAAUCAUCUCUUAAUAAUUAAUUGGCGGAAUUGGAAUUGCGGAAAACAUUUGAACGGUUGUUCAUGUAAUAUCGCUUCGGCCAUCAUCGGUUUAUCGGCGAGAAAGCGAGUCUCAGGAUCUCACGUAUUCCAAGUAUAGCGACUGUAUCGUACAAACAGAAAAUGACAAUCAUAUUCGAUUGCGGAGCUACGCCGAAUAUUGAAAUUUUCCAAUUCUAGAACGUAAAUUUCUUUGACCUGUCGUGUGUAAGUAAGUAAGUACCUGUCGUCGAUCGAUAACGUCGACCGUAUUAUUCUUCCCAUCGAAUGUUUUCCUUCGUCCACUUUGUCGUGUUGUUUGUCGCUUCUUCCAUUUUUCACCUAUAUUCCCUUCUCUUUAUUUCUUCCAUCCUUCUUUCUAAAAAUUCCACCUUCACCGUUCCGAUUUUACACAGUACAACGGCUGUGAACCGUUUAAAAAGUGAAACGAUCGUACCCCCCUUUUCGAUGCAGACGAAAGCGUGAUAAUAUCGUGGGGUGACUGUAAGACUGAGGAACUGUCGCGAGUGUAUUGCUACUUAUCGUUAGAUACGAUACAAUACGAUACGAUAUACCAGUAACGGUUGAAAAGAAACGGGACCUCGUGGUAGGCAUGUACCGAAGAUCGACUGCAUCGAAAUCUAACGCGAGCAAUUCGCCGUUUACGAUCAAUUACGAUGUUCCCAUUGUCAUUAUUGUUAUCAUUGUAUUCUGUAAUUUUCUAUGUGUAAAUGCGAAUACACGCAACGAGUAACGUGCUCAAUAGAUUUCCUAUCGAGAUUAGGUGUCGAACGCGAUCGAUCAUUCUCCGUGAUAUCUUUCGCAACUGACUUCCUUUCUCGACUAACUUUAGUCCGUUCUUCGAUCGUCCGUUCUCGUUAUUAAGUAUGUAUAUUUCGUGUAUCUCUUUCGAAGGAUGUACUAUAAUAAAAACGAUGCUACUUGA